GCUUUUUUUGGCAAAUAACAACUUUCACUAAAAAAGAACAUUACUUAUUGUCAUGCAUUAUUUGUUAUCAAGGUCAAUCAAGGGUGUUCAGAGAUUUACCCUGGAUAGUAUUCCAUACAGCCUUCGGCCCAUGGCCUCAGGGUGUAUGGAAUACAACCCAGAGUAAAUCCCCAUACAACCUUGUGGAAAUUGUGAAAACAAUGCACUGUUAUGCAGAAUAUCGAACCCGAACAUUAAAAAAUUUGAAUAUAAAAAAUUAAUUUUCUCGAAAAUAUGUCAACCAUACGCUACAAAAGUGUAAACUUGAUCUGUAAUUUGACAUUUUGAAGCUGUUCAGGAAAUUUCAUAUUAUUCCUCAAAUGCAUAAAGAAAAAAAGUGUGGAAAACUGAAGUUGGACAGACAGAUGGACAGACUGACGGAAGCAGAGGAAAGCUAUAGUCCCCUCCGGUGAAAACCAGUAGGGACUAAUAAGGAGACUGAGAUGAUGAGUGAGCUUGUGGAUUAAGUUUCAUGGCCAUGGGAUCUGGGGUUCUUUGUGCUACUGACUAACUUACUGCACCAAAAAACAGAGUAUACAGCUUCUCCAUAAGAAUGAACUCAUUACCAGUGUAUUUCAGAAUUUGGCUUUUGUGUUGUGUGACUGUGAUAAGCUUAAGUGCUGCUUCUUUGUAUAAGACCUUGACACUAAAACAAAAUUGCUUUUGAUUUUGAUUUAUGUACAGAGUAUGAGGAACAGACAAUAUCUUUAGGGAGACAACAAUGCCUUCAAAUUUAGUGGGUUGAAUGUCUGUGAUAUACCCCUUCCUCACCCUCCCAAAAUAUUAUGUGUAUCAUUUUUAUUUUACAGAUAGCUGGUGAUUGACCCAGGGGAACGGGAGACGAUGGAUUUCCAAUGACAAAAACAAAAGACAGUCUCGCAGCAAAUGGCAUAAGUAAUUUUACAGCUGUUAGAAUCACUUUGUUGGAAGGAGCUUCAAAUGGAUUUGGGAAUGAUGACAAAAAUCAGCCAUAAAAGCAGAGAACACCAUAGAAAUGUUGAGGCUUGUUGGUGAUGUUGAGGAUAUGAGAGAAGUCAGUGCCUUGAUCUGUGGGGUGACCAAGAAAUGACAGUGCCUGGGAUAAUGAUACUGAGGAUGUCAGAAGAAAAUGUUCAGUGGGAUUUGAUGAGCCAAUUAUCAGAGAUGUGUAAAUGAGCAAUUUCUGUCUUCUUACGAAACAUCUUAAUAUUGUGCUGGAUUAAAGAGUAAAGCUGUAGUGUCGGAACAUUUUAAAAAGUGUUGCAUUUUUUUAAAUAUAAAGUUCAAAGAGUUAAUUUGUUUUCAGAAAUAUUUAAUAAAUUCAUUCUAAGUCUGCCUUCUGUGUGGAUUGGAGAUUUGUGUCAAGUACUAAGGUUAAACAACUAACACAUAGACAGGAGUGAGCAGUGUUUGUCGCUUCACAUCCUGUUGAGACUAUUUAAGACAUCAGUGGACAGUAUGUCUGGUGGUGCUAGCAGCCAGUAUUUCAUUCAGAGCGUUACAGAGCAAGAGUCCUCGGACGACGCAUACUUCAGCUGUACAUCUGUGGAGGAGGGGAUCCCCACAGACGGAUGUCCAAACGCUGAAAUGACCAACGGAGUUUGUAAGUGUUGCCCGCCUGAUGAUGCAGAGUAUUCCCAGGAUGCAUCACAGGUGUCGUGCGUGAAUGGCGCCUCCCCGGACAGAAUUAAACGAAGGUCGUGUACCCGGCAGAAUUCCUCGAUCCCGGGGGAGAAAUACCUGUGCCAGAAAGAUUCUAAGGGACAUGUCUCGCGGUAUGAUGUCCGUAAUUUCCAGUUUUCAUCCUCGGAUUGUUAUCGAAGUGAAUCUCCCUUUAGUCAAGAGGCAAUGGAAGAUGACGAGGGGAAAUUAUCCAACAAAAAUAACAAAUGCUCAAGCUCAGACCCUGAUGUUUCAUAUCAGCCAACUUGUGUUGUGAACUCUUGGGGACACUUUUCUCAGUGUGUCAAAAAUCGUUACAAGUAUCGGCGGAGCGACUAUUCCAGCGAGAGCGAUGAGGAACACGGUAUUCCACAAUGGCCAAACAAACCGGACAUCGUACAGCCACAGAAAAGCCAUCUACCGAGCUGUGAUCUGAAUAGCCUCACGUCGGUGUUGAAGCCAAAGGAAGUCAGCAAGAAUGAUGUCAUAAAGAAUAUUGCAUCCCGCACCAAGGAUGGCAUCAAACCUACAGUAUUCAAAGAGAAACUUGCGACAAUUCUACGCUGGUUCAAUGAAUUCAACGACAUCCAGAAAAAUACCCUGAUCAAUAGACUCCUGAAGGACUGUGACCUCCCCCAGAAUCACCUUCUGUCGGUGCGAGUGUCCUCCCAGCUCCACAAGGGAUGUCCCCCCAACUGUCAGGACAUCAUCACCUGGCUGCCCGCUACUAUAGCAACCAGGAUAAUGUCUUACUUGGACCCAGUGAGUCUGUGUCGAGCGGCUCAGGUUUGCUGGGUGUGGCGUUACAUCACAGAGGACCCAUCACUCUGGAGGAAGUUCUGCUGUCAACAAAAGUGGAGGCUCUCCAAGGCAGCAGAGCACAAACAAGUCAUCAGUCACAUGACUGGGGGCAGCAUCAUGUGGAAGAAAGUGUUCGCUGAGCGGUUUCGGCUUCGAAAUAACUGGCUGAGCGGUCGGUGUACAGUACGGACGUUUGAGGGCCACUCUCAAGGGAUCUCCUGUGUCCAGUUUGACGACACGAGAAUCGUCAGUGGAUCCUCCGAUAAAACCAUCAAGGUGUGGAACAUUCGGACUAAUGCUCAGUGGUCAGUGCAGACCCUGGUGGGACACAGCGGGACGGUCCGCUGCCUUCAUCUGGAGGGCAAACGAUUGGUCAGCGGCUCAACCGAUAAAUCCAUCAAGGUUUGGGAUUUGUCCACUCAGGAGAGCUGGUCCAGCAUCGCCUGUAAGGUGACCAUGAUUGGCCACACAGACACAGUCAGGUGUCUACAGGUUGAUGAUGACAAAGUGGUGAGUGGCUCAUAUGACAAAACGCUCAAAGUGUGGGACAUCAAGAGUGGUGAAUGCAGGAUUACUCUCAGGGGCCAUCAGGCAGCAGUGUUGUGUGUCCAUUUUAAUGACACCAAACUUGUCUCGGGAUCAUGUGACAAGACCAUCAAAGUGUGGAACUAUGAGGGAGCAUGUCUGCGGACGUUGAUGGGACAUCAGGACGCGGUGACCUGCCUCCAGUUUGACUCAACGCGCAUUGUGAGCGGCUCUUUGGACUGUACACUGAAAUUCUGGGACAUCCACAACGGGAGCUGUGUGAACACGAUCGACUGGAAGGAUGCUGAAGGUCACACUGGGGUCGUCAGGUGUCUUCAGGCCGACAGUUGGAGACUAGUCAGUGCAGCUGAUGACAAAACCAUUAAGGUUUGGAACUUGGAGACGGGAGAACGACUGGUGACCUUGAGAAAUCACACGGACGGCGUGACCUGCAUGCAGUUCAAUGACUUUAUAAUCGUGUCAGGGUCGUACGAUAAAACGGUGAAGCUGUGGGAUUUCAGCUGCUGCUAGACGUCUGCAGGAUCAGAGAAUGAUGAAUGACACCCAAUGGCUGGCUUGUUAGUGCUGGUGUUUGAUCAGCCGAUGAAGUGCUUGGAAUGUAAUGAAUUCAUUUCUUGAAUUCAGUGCUGGCACUUUUUUUUUAGUCUUUCCAAAGCAGAAUGGUACUGUUGAUAGCUUGUGUUUACUUCUUAGAGAAAGCACUUUAUACCCGAGUUGAGGCCGAGGAUUUUGGUUUGUUUUUUUUUACACAUCUACAAGGAAGAAUGGUUUCAUUUAUGUGGAUGUCCUGGAGAGUGUGUCUUAUGUGUUAGAGAGUCAGGGAUUGGUUGGAAUCAUUGAAAGUCUGUUUUAUGUCAGAUUGUUAGAGGUUUUUUGAUUGGUUGUCAUUGGCAAAGCAUCAUCCCUUUAACUGUAAGAGAGUCAUUGAUUGGAUAUGAAUUCCUUUUUCUGUUCAUGCUGCCAAUGAACAAGGGGAUAUCGGGAACAAGACAAAUUACUAUGUGUCUAUGAUGCCACCAGAACUUGUAGAUUGUUUAUUUAUUCAAUCUUUAUGAAAACUCAAUCUUAUACAAUAUUAUGUGUACUUUUUAUAUUUUGUUGUUUUGCGUGAGAGAGCUCCCGUCUGGUGAGACUGUAUCUCGGAUUUUGGAUUGAUCUCAGAAUUGUCCUGGUUUUUGUAUUUUAUACAUGUAUCUCUAUCCUGUAGGUUGUAGAGUCUGUGAGAAUAGAGAAUUUCUUUAUGGUCAUUCUUUUUAAUUUCCUGUUUUAGUUAGAAAUGGAUCUCUGUUUAUUUAUGAAUUGUAAUUUUUAGAUUUAUAGCAGAAAAUUUAAUGUUCAUUUUUAUUGCACUCAUAAAAUACCACACAGGGGUAUUAGCUUCUAAAGCAAUGCCUGUAAAAUGUAAUUUUUUUAUCAAAACAGAAUCCAGAAUGAAAAAGAGUGCUUAGUGAUAGCAGUUCUAUAAAGGGACGCCGAUUUUAGAAUGCUAGGGUUGAUUUUUUUUUUAUCGUUGUGAAGACAUUGUGUUGUGAUCUUUUUCUUUUUCUACUCAGUUUUCUCUCUGUGAUAAAUGGAUUUCAUUUUUGAACUUUGGUUGUGAUGUUUUUUUCCUGUGAUGAUUAUGUGCAUUAUAUACCUCUAGGUUGUAGUAUGUCAUGUAACCCUCCCCCCUCUCUCUCUCUCUCUCUCUCUCUCUCUCUCUCUCUGUCUCU